AUGAAUACAUUUAAAAAUUGGGCAAAAUUGAUUAGAUUGCUUUCAAUUUACUUUUAUGAAAGGAAUUUAAUUAAAUCUAAAUAGAAUUCGGAACAGUUUACAAAUUUAAAUAAAUAUUUUAAUAAACACUCAAGUAAAAUAUACUAAAAUUCAAGUCCUAUAAUCUAGUCAGGAAUAUUAAAUAUCUAGUUAACACCUUAAAAAUAACCAAAAAAAUAGGUGAUUAAACUUAGAUUAAUGUCGUAAAACUAUGAAGAUAAGAAAAAAGAUGACAGUUAAUAUACUUCUAGUAUUACAGACUAAGAAGCAUCAGCUACUUACAUAAAUGCAAACAAUCCUAGAUAAGAAGAGAGUGCUUAACAAAUAUUUUCAUAAAGAAUUAAAAAGAAAUAUAUUAGAAAUAACGAAAUAAACUAAAUUUACUUUUUUAAAACAAAUUAAAAUAAAUAAUAAAUAUUUAAUUAAGAAAUUUUAGAUGAUGUCAAAUAAUGA